ACGACGACGACGACCUCGUCCUCAUCCGUCCGCUCAUCGCUAUUCAGACUGGACCAUCUAGGUUGAACGUAAACCAACUUACCAAGAGCGGCCAUGGUGCCUCUCCUGUACAAAGCUAAAUGGCGAACACACGCCGCUUCAGGCUCUGGAGGCGAGCAACACAGCCCACGAUCCUCAUCUUCAUGCCCCAGCCCCGGAAUCACUAGGGACAUUAAUGAGUGGGACGAGGGCGCGGUCUAUCAGUGGAUGUGCACACUUGGACCGGGGUUUGAGCAGUAUGAAAAAAAGCUGAAGGAGAAUGGGAUUACGGGCGAUACACUUGUGCUGUUGAACCAAGAUGAGCUGAAGGAAAUCGGCAUCAGCAGUGUCGGCCACCGUCUCUCCAUCCUCAAAGCUGUCUACCAGAUCAAGGUCGCGCAGCACAUCCCUAUCGAGCCGGAUCAGUAUGUUCCACCGUCAGAGUCGAUUGCGAGUGCGACACCUCCCCCGACAGAACCGCAGGAGCAGCCUAUGUACGAGCGAAUCCUGGCGUUGAUAGAACAACAAAAUACUCGUCUUGCGGCUCUAGAACAGGAAAACUAUCGCCUUCAUGAGUCCCUCGACGAGCUGUUGUCCAAGAGCAAUGGUGGCCUUCCUAGUUCUGACUCCGCUGGUGCUCAGGAAAAGCAGCUCCGUCGACAGCCCUCUGUCAAGUGGGCUCCAUACGGCAGCGACACGUCCCCAGCAGCAGACAUGCCUGACUUUCCCCAUCUUUCACCAGAAGCAGCAGAACACGACAUCCCUGGCCGCUUCCCUGGUGACAGGAAGACACCUACGCGGGCCGACCGCCCCUCCUCCGCACGUGAACGGCAGUUCCCUAGAGGAGAGCGCCCACCAUCGCGGAACGAUCUCCGUCGUCCCUCUACUUCUGCUGGACACAGUUCGGGGCUCUCAACUCCCGUAUCGGGCCGACCUGAUAUCGAUCGCCCCCAUUCGCGUACGGAUGGUCGUCCUUCCACCUCCGGACAUACCCCCUCUUCAGCUAGCCUUACCCCCAACACCGAUCGCAUCCCCGGCCGGCCAUCUUCUCGCACAGACAUCCGCGAACCGGAACGGAGGCCGUCCACUUCCGGUGCCGCCUUACCCACGGCGUCUUUAUCUCCGGAGUACGCCCGCUCGCCCCAGAGUGCAGUCUCUCAGACUUCGGGCGAAGAAAAUAUGUUAACACCAAUCACUACGAUCACUACCUCAGGUAGCAUCAUGUCGUCUGGCUUGCCCUCCUCUAUCCCCACCGCAUCUGGGCUCAUGCCACACAGCGCGCUUCCUCAUUCUGCAACCGGAAAUGGCUCGCGCUCUAAGGGCAGCCGAAGAGGGGACGGUAUGCGAGACCGGGUCGGCAGCUUACACAGCUUGGAGGAUCCGUGCUGGAAGGUGCUUCCCGCGGCACUGAAGAAGUAUAAUAUCAAGGAUGACUGGCAGCAGUAUGCGCUGUUUAUCAGCUAUGGGCCUGCUGGAGGCGAUCGGUGCCUAAACUACGAUGAGAAGCCUCUCCUGCUCUUUAGUCAGCUUAAAGAGAGAGGGAAGAACCCUGUAUUUAUGCUUCGACAUAUCAAAGAUAUCAAGUCCCCUAUCGCGAUCUCUGAGGAGAAAGCGGCCAAACGGAGCUCAGCGAGCAAGGUUGAGCACGGCGGUGUUGCCACAAAUGGGCCAUUGCCAUCUCCCUUACCGCCAUCGAAAGGGGAUCGACCCCCUCAACUGUUGAGAUCUAAGGCUUCCAUGGGUCUGGAUCAGGACGAGAUGGAAGGCGGGCAUGGUGCGCUCAGGCAGGGCGACGAGAUCGAGACGCUUGAAGAGCCGGUGUCUACUAUUGCAAUAUACCCGCAUAUAGCUGAGCAGGCGGACGAGUUUGAUGUCAAGAUGGGAGAUUCCUUCAUCAUUCUCCAACGGUUCAAGGGUUGGUGGGUUGCCCAGCGCGAUCUCUCUGGCGAUGGGGUAGUUGACCCAACGGCUGAGCGUGGGUGGGUCCCUGCUGGGUGCCUACUCGAGCUCACCAGCACUCGUUCGCUUGCCUUCGCCCGUCUCUCGCGGAACGGUCGCACACCUAAUGGCGACCCGGCCCUUAUUCCUAUGAUGGCGUCCAGUAUCACUUCGACGCAGUUCCCUGCAUUCGCGUUGAAGGACUAUCAGGCGAGUGGCAAGUAUGAGUUGACUCUCAGGAAAGGGGAUGCGUUAAGAGUCUUCAAACGAUAUAAUCAUUGGGCCUACGCUAUUAAAGACGCCACAGGCGAGCGCGGCUGGUAUCCCUCGUGGUACGUUGCCCGCAGCUUUUCCUCAGGCGGUGUCCCAGACCACGUCUCAUCGGGCACGCUCACUCCACGAAACGGCACCCCCGCGACUACACCCGCCACAGGCCCUGGCGAGGGACCAUCACCUCUUAGUGCUAUUUCAACAACUCCGACAACUCCAACGUACGCAAGCACAGAGUCGGGCAGCGCUGUAGACGAGCAGGCACCAUCCCCGCUAACUAUCACAUACCGGACGCUUGGAAGGUCACAGGCUGCAGUGGGUGCAUGA